CUGUUUCAGAAAGCCCAUCUGAGCCAUAGUCAUGGUGUGCAUUCCCUGCAUUGUCAUUCCUGUCCUGCUGUGGGUCUACAAGAGGUUCCUGGAACCCAUCAUCUAUCCCUUUAUUUCCCCCAUCAUUAACACCUUCUGGACCAAAAAAGCAGUCCAGGAUACGAGCCCCAGUGAUCAGAAAGUCAGUGAAAUGAGUAAUGGAACGCACAAGCCUGAAAGCAACAGGGAGGCCGCUGCAAAUGGAGCUACUCUAGCAGCAGAUAAGAAGAUAGACUGAACACUCUGAAUGAUCCUUCUAAAGCAGAUUGUGUAAAUAUUUUUGUCAUGUGAAAUAGAAAACCUAUAAAUUAUCAGUCUUCAAAUACAUGAUUUUGAUAACGGUCAGAAGUUGUCUGAAGUAUGUUUUAAUUGUUUAAUUCUUAUUUGUAUGUUUGUCUUGUCAAAUAAACUUAUUGCAUAUACAGUAGUG